AUGGCUUCAAAUUCGACCUGGUACACAGAAACCCUAGAGCUGAUUACCUCGACCGAUGAACAGCAUAGGCCUGUGACUACCACGGUCCUUUCGCUCUCGCCACCAAAUGAUUCAACGGCUUCAUCAACCUGGUUUAUCGUCUCCACCAAGACAGUUGAGGAGUAUGUAACAUGGAUAUCGAACCUAUCUACCCCCGUCACCCGCACCCUGCCCGAGGAGACGAAAACCCAACAAGAUGCGACACGACCUGUUAAAUCUGCGGAUUCAAGUCCUGCCUCGCCCUCUUCUAGCGUUGCAAAUGAGGAUACAACCGCUCUCCGAUCGGUUCAAUCUUCCAACGGGAUCAGCAACGGAGCGCUAGCAGGCGCAAUCGUCGGCAGCAUCAUCGGAACAGCCCUAGUCACCCUCCUGCUGGCAUUCCUCUUCUUCCGACGACGAAAUGCCAAACCGGCCAAACAGAUCGAUGACGACACAUUCGCCGGCGCUGCAACUCGACACAGGAAAUCCAAAUCGAAAUCGGGUGCUUUUCCACUCGCCGAUAUCAUCCCUCAGCCGGAACCUGCUGAUGACGAUACCGUCCGCAGACGCAUUCUUACUCUGGUCGACCAGGCGGGUCUGCAUAUUGACAACUAUUAUGUCCCUGGUUCUACGCCUGCGCAUUUAUCCAGCGAGCAGAGUGCCCGGCUGGCGGUGUAUAACUCGGCUGACCUCCCUGCGCCGAUUGAGACGUUGCUUGGCCAGCGGGAGAUACGGAGGCAGGCCAUCAAGUAUGCCCUUGUGAGGACGAUCUUACGGGGAAUCAUACCCGGUGGCAAUGGGAACGGCGAGCUUCUCCCAAGGGCGUUUGCGGAUAUGCCAGUUGUUGAUGGCAGUAGUGGCUCAGCCGCAGUCUUCAACUGGCGCAUGCUCACAGCACACCUCUACUCCCAGACACAGUCCAACACAACCACGCACAGCAGCAGCAACAGAAACAGCAAAACCCAGCCCUCCACAUCCAUAACCGAAGAAUCCCCUAUCCAAGCAACAGAAUCCCUAGCCGGUCAAUUCACAGCCGCAUUCAACCCGUACAGCUUCCCAAGCUUCACGCCCGAAGAACGCACAUCGCAUCUGGAGACGCUGGCGUGUUCGGCGGCGGAUUUGGGAGUCUGGUUGUUUUCACAGCCUUGCUCGUUUGAGUUUGAUUGGGGAGGUUCAGGGACUGCGGAGAUUCGUGUUGUACCAAGGGUUUUGAAAGUCGCUGAUGAGAAGGGUGGGCUGUUGGUGACGCCGCAGGUUCUGGUCGAGGGGGAGAAGGUCGCUUAUACGCCCAGGGCUUAG